UCCUCCGCGGCGGGGAGGGGCCCUGGCAGACUGGUCUGGCCGCGCAGCUCCCGCGGCCGGGCGGUAAUCCGCAGCCGCGCCCGGCCCGGCGCAGGCCAGGCAGGAAGAAGGGAGCCACCGGCGGCGGGAGGGCAAGGACAGUGCUAGCGGGGAGGGAGCUAUGUUUCAGCCAGUGCAGUGGGAAGCUUGAAGAAGCAUUGAGAAGUUUGAAAGGCAAAUCAGGCAGAAGAGGGAGUGGUGGUCAAGUUUUGCUGGCAGCGUUGUUCAGCAGCACCCACUCUCAAGCUGGAGGAGUCUCUGUUCAUGAAUGAAAACAUUGCAGUCAUUUCUGAACAAUCUUCAACCUCAUGAAUGUUUCUGUUGUGUUAAAAUGCAUCUUUGUAAGAUCAGCCUUUAACAAAGGCAGAGUGAAGAAUUUGCCACGUCGUGACAAACAAGUGACAGAGCGAGCGACUCAGCUGCAGAUCUUCCACAUUUGUUAGCAGCCUACCAGCGCAUGCUUUGGGAGGAACUUCAUUUUACAUUCUGAAGAACAGAUUGCAUUGUUACAAGUGCAUCAUUGUGUGACCUAAAAUUUGAUACCAGCUGUAGAGUAGAUGGCUCAGCUUCCUCCCGGGAUUCGCUUCAUCACUUCAUUUUCACGAGAUCAGUGGUAUAGAGCCUUCAUUUUCUCUCUCACUUUCUUCUUGUAUGCCAGCUUCCAUUUAUCAAGGAAACCUAUUAGUAUAGUUAAGGGAGAGCUCCAUAAGCAUUGCGCUGGUUCACAUGAAGUCGAACUCAGCUCCUACAAAGAAAAUGCUGCCCAGAUUCAGCCUAUCAAAAAAACAUCUAAUGUGUCUCAGUGUGGCUGGGAGCCAUUUGAUAAGAACAACUACAAACAGUUACUGGGAGCACUGGAUUACUCAUUUCUGUGUGCGUAUGCAGUUGGAAUGUAUUUAAGUGGAAUAAUAGGAGAACGGCUACCUAUCCGCUACUACCUGACAGUUGGGAUGCUUGCUAGUGGACUCUUCACUGCAAUGUUUGGAUUGGGUUAUUUCUAUAACAUACAUAAUCUCUGGUUUUACAUAAUGUCCCAGAUAGCUAAUGGGUUGGUGCAGACUACUGGCUGGCCGAGUGUCGUUACGUGUAUUGGCAACUGGUUUGGAAAAGGAAGGAGAGGCUUGAUCAUGGGAGUCUGGAAUUCACACACUUCAGUGGGAAAUAUCUUGGGAUCUUUAAUUGCUGCAUAUUGGGUGUCUACAUGCUGGGGUCUCUCCUUCGUGAUGCCUGGUGUUAUCAUUGCUGUGAUGGGAAUUGUUUGUUUCCUGUUUCUUAUUGAACAUCCUAAAGAUAUAAGUUGCUCCUGCACACCAUCCAGUAGUUCUAAAACCUUCCUGAAUGGAGCAUCUCGAUUCAGAGUCCAGACAACCUUAAGUGCUAAGGAAACCAGCAAACCUCAGGAUCCAGAAAUGCAACAUUUGCUUCUUGACAGUGGGAACUGCAACAUGUUACUGAAGUCUAGCACUGUGGUCACUGGGGAAAGCAGACAUGGGACAUCAGCUAUCAGCUUCCUUGGGGCCUUGCGAAUACCUGGAGUCAUAGAAUUCUCCCUCUGUCUUCUGUUUGCAAAGCUGGUGAGCUACACUUUCCUCUUCUGGCUUCCCCUCUAUAUCACAAAUGUAGAGCAUCUUGAUGCUAAAAGAGCUGGAGACCUUUCUACACUCUUUGAUGUGGGUGGAAUCUUCGGUGGAAUUUUGGCAGGCCUGAUUUCAGACAGGCUGGAGAAGAGGGCAUCAACCUGUGGAAUGAUGUUACUGCUUGCAGCACCCACACUGUACAUGUUCUCUGCAGUCAGCAAAAUGGGCCUUGAGGCUACUGUAGUGAUGCUGCUUAUCAGUGGUGCCCUGGUGAAUGGCCCUUACGCACUGAUCACCACUGCUGUCUCUGCUGACUUGGGUACCCAUAAAAGCCUGAAAGGGAAUGCAAGAGCCUUGUCCACAGUGACAGCGAUCAUCGAUGGAACAGGAUCUGUAGGUGCAGCUUUGGGACCUCUCUUAGCUGGUCUGAUUUCCCCAUCUGGUUGGAACAAUGUGUUUUACAUGCUGAUGGUGGCAGAUGCAUGUGCCUUGCUAUUCUUACUCCGUCUUAUUCAGAAGGAGCUUCGGUGUCACACAGAUCACACCCUAUUUAAGGAACACUGAGCUGCAAGACCAGAUCUGGAGGACUGUGUUGAUGACCAGAGCAUUUCUCUGUAAAACAAACCUCAUGGGAUGCAUUCAUCCAUAAUUAAGGGAUCUUGUUCGGUGAAGAACUUUGCUUGCUUGCUGGAAGCAAUGUGAGAAAUGCAACUGGUACAUCCCUGAAGCUCUUAUUUUUGCACAUGAACAAGUACCUCAGGAUGGCAACUACUCAUCAGAUGAAGAGACAGGAACAGUGGGAAGGUUUUAGCAGCGUGCCUCAACUGAGCCAAAGAGAAAUGCCAAGUGCCUUUUUAUUUCUUUUGAUAGAAUGUUUUUACUUAAACUGCCACUUGUGUAUUUUCCAGAAACAAAUCAAAACUAGAGCAGAAGGAAGUUGAAAUUGUUCGUGGUCUAGCAGUGAAACACCCCCGUGUCAGUGAGCAAAGUAUGUAUCACUUCUGCCAUCUUGCACACAUCAAGGGCAUCAUGUUAUGGAGGGCAAUACCAGCUGGUUGUUAAGGUGCACUGGUUUUAGUAUUCUGAAGCUGCUGAGACAAUAAUAACCUCAAUAUAGUUCUUAACUACAGUACAACUUCUAUUUCCCAAGGACAACAUCUUGCCUUUUGGUAGGUAAUGAAGUGGAAUUGACUGUGGCAGUUAGCAGUUCUCACAGCCUCUCUGGAUGGAUGUUAGUCCUUAGUUAGGACUGUGCAAAAAAAGGAAUAUGAAGCAGCAAAUGUAGGUUAUGAGUCAGAAUUUCCAGGGCAUUAUAAACUGAUUGUGCUAAUGUCACAUAAUUGUGCUGGGUUGAAAUGGCCACCUUUGGGGUGGCAGAGAACUGUUGAUCUGUCAUAUUUGAGUACUACAGGAUUGAACAAAUGAUCUGCACUAUAGUGCCUGCUGCCAGUGAUCUCUGUUGGAUACUUCCUAACUUCAGUACUGGUGUGUGCACAUGGAUGUUAUUGUCAGACCAGGGCCUUAAAAACCAGAAAUCACUUUCAAGUGGCUAACUUGAAGUGGCUCUGAAUUUCAGAUUUGGAGCUGAACGACCAGAAAAGAAAAACUACCUAGGUGAUAGGGUUUAAGACAGCAUUUCAGUAACUAGUGUUACUCAUCAAAUAGAUGGUUUCAUGUCUUCAAAACAUAUAAUUUCUUUGUACAGCUGUCUCCCUUGCAAAACAGAUGUUUCUUGAUUUUUUUUCUAUCUUUUUUCCAAGAUGUACAAAGUAAGAGAUUGGGUUUUUUUGUAUGAAGUGUUUAUACUUAGAUCAGCAAAGCUAGAUAAACUGUGUACUAUUUCUAACUGUAUUUAUUAAAGCUCUAGGCAUAUGUCUUGUUCUGAACUAUGCUCUUUAAGUUUUGUCAAACAACAAAGUGGUCUUUAAACUUGGUUCACUUGAUUAAGCCUGGCAAAACGUGGACAAAUGUCUCAGUCAGCUGCUGGUGUUAUAGUCCGUGUGCUGGCACAACACUUCAUUUCCAGGGCUGGUUUGUAAUUGUUCAGUCUUUAAUGAGGUUUUUUUCCACUGGUUUGAUUCAGCACGUGCUUUAUGCUUGACUUGAACAGUGUAAGAAUGCGUUAAUCUUUAACUGGUUUAAUGAGCAGAGAUACAGGGAAGACUUCAGUCCCACAAAGACUUACAGAAGAUACCAAAGUUAAGUGAAGGCUCUGUGUAGGCCUUAACUCUAACUUGGAUGAAUGGUUAACUUCAUGUAUUUUGAGUAAACCUAUUGAGACCAACAAGCAGAUUGAUAAAUCUGUGCUGUGUUUGGGCUUUAGGCUCUAGUUAAGUGUGACAGAAUUCUGCAGCACCAUUACUUGAAAGGAUUUUCAUCCCAGUGGUGUGGUGCACUGCCUCUUGCUCAGCCACACUGACCCUAGGGGACUGCUGGCCAGACCAGGGGAGGAAUCAGGUCUCUGUUAGGGUUAAAAACUAGUAUUACAACCCAAAAAACCCUGUGCUGGGACAGCUUCAUUGGUUGCAUGAGUAGUGAGGGAGGAGGAGCUUCUUUAGCUGAAGAUGCCAGUCCCUUGCCCUGAAAAAGGUAUGUGGAGCUGUGUUUGUUGACAAAUUCAAACUCUGCUGCAAUCAGAUUUUGAGAGUCUGUGUCCAGUGGGCUGAAGUCUUAGGCUGAAAUGCUUUCAGUUAUGCUUCACAGUUACGUGUUGUAAAGAUAGUUAAACUGUGGUUUGGGGGUUAUGUUUACUUGUUGGGGCUGCUGAGAAUAUUUAUUUAUUUAUUUAUUUGAAUAGCUUUUGCACUGUAGUGACUUGGAUAUGAAAUGAAGAGUGGUGGAGGUGCUGGGCUGAGUCCUUCCUUCCACUGAUUGUAGGCAGGAACUCUAGGAGUCCUAGUGUACUGGUGUCUUUCCUUCCUUGCUGAUGUACAGCAUUUCAGUUCCUCCCAUCUAUGGUUUGUGAGAUGAGAAAGAUGAAAAUAUUUUUUUUCCUUUCUUAACCCCAAAGUCCCCCCCAAGUUGUAAGUAAACUGCAUAUUUUGUUAAUAUUGGGUGUCAAUAUCCACUCCUCUGGAAAUGAGCAAGACUGACACCAUUGUGUGUGUAGAAAUGUGAGUGACCAGUAGAUAGAUCCAGAUGUAAAGGUGGCUGCAGGGUUUGUGCAUCAGUUUCAAUACUGGUUAUUGUGAAUUUUAAUCCGUUUGCCAUCCCGUGUUGAAUAAAACCUCUUUGAAAUGAGAAA